AUGGCGAUUGCUUUGGCUGAGGCGGACAAGUAUGAGAUCUUGGAGAAGAUUGGUUGCGGCUCCUUCGGCAUCAUCCGUAAAGUCAAGCGAAAAUCAGACGGAUUCAUACUAUGUCGGAAGGAGAUCAAUUACAUCAAGAUGUCCCAGAAGGAGCGCGAGCAGCUCACGGCCGAGUUCAAUAUCCUGAGCUCUCUUCGACACCCGAACAUCGUUGCCUAUUAUCACCGCGAACACCUCAAAGCAAGCCAAGACCUCUACCUGUACAUGGAAUAUUGCGGUGGCGGAGACCUCAGCAUGGUUAUCAAGAAUCUCAAAAAGGCGAACAAGUUGGCUGAGGAGGAAUUCGUCUGGCGCAUCCUGUCACAGCUGGUGACUGCCCUGUACCGGUGUCACUAUGCAGCGGAUCCUGCGGAAGUUGGAUCAAACAUUCUGGGAGCACCACCGAAGACAUCUGGGUUGAAGGGAAAGCAAGGACAAGUGACUAUCCUGCACCGCGACCUCAAACCUGAGAACAUCUUCCUCGGUAGCGACAAUACUGUGAAGCUGGGUGACUUCGGUCUGUCCAAGCAGAUGCAAUCCCACGAUUUUGCAUCCACCUACGUUGGCACACCCUUCUAUAUGUCUCCUGAAAUCUGCGCGGCUGAAAAGUACACCCUCCGAUCGGACAUUUGGGCGGUCGGAUGUAUCAUGUACGAGCUUUGUGCGAAGGAGCCCCCCUUCAAUGCCCGUACCCAUAUCCAACUGGUGCAGAAGAUCCGCGAGGGCAAAUUCGCACCCCUCCCGGACUAUUACUCGCCUGAACUGAAAAACGUCAUUGGUAGCUGCUUGCGCGUCAACCCGGACAACCGCCCGGACACGGCUGCUCUGAUCAACCUUCCUAUCAUUCGUCUGAUGCGCAAGGAAAAAGAGGUUGUGGAUCUUGGCAAGACCCUGCGCCGCCGAGAGGAAGUUGCUGUACAGAAGGUCCGCGAGAUGGAGCAGAAAUUGGUCAACAUGGAGAAAGAAAAGCAGCAAAUGAAGGCCGACGUCGAAAGCACCGUUCGCCGGGAAUGGGAAGUCAAGGCGCGACUUGAGAUCGAUCGUCAGGUGCAAAGCGAGUUGGACCGACUGCGCAAGCGCUUUGAGUCGGAGGUACAAGAGCGCGUUUCGAUUGAAUUAGAGAAGCAAAAGAGACACAGCAACCCUCGCGAUGAGUUAUUCCGCGCUAGCCUUCGCCGCUCUGAUUCCAGUUCGCAAGAAUCCUCUCGAACGAGUGGUCGUGAAUCACGUUCUUCUGGCGUUACGACCGACGACUCCGACACCCCGUCCAGCACAGAUAUCAGCCAGCUGUCGCUUGAGUCUCCUACCUCUAACACCAGGAAGCCAAGGAAAGAAACUCGCACUCCCUUCUGCCGCUCGAAGACAGUAGUCGAGUCGCCCCAGGAUGUGCAAAUGGCCGAGCCAUCUCCAAUUUCCAUUGCUUCCCUCUCCCUUUCGCCCCGUCGCACCUCUGCCACAGGCACUUCUCGCAACAUCUUUGCUGAAGCUGAGCGCCAAAAGGCCAAGUGGGAGCCUACUUUGGCAUACUCCGACGACGAGGACGAUACACCCGACCUGCCAUCGCCUACUCGCCCUAAGGUUAAGCCCGAUCCCUUCAAGGCACCUCCGCGACCCCUUCUGCGACAGAACACUGCAGCUCUCAUGCAAAAGCUCAGCACUCAGCCCCCCUUUUCCCUACCAAUGGAGCCCGAGUUCCUCAACGAAGGCCGGGCAAAGUCUCCCCACCGACGUCUGUCUAAGAUCCCAUCAUCUGCCAACCUUGCAGCGGAUGCAUCCCCGACCCGCAAGAACUCCUCUAAGCAACCCCCUCCCAAGGUUGGUGGUGCCGGCGGCGAAGAGAUGUUCAAGGCUGUCAUGCAACGCAACAUGGGUGGCCGCACCCUGGUGGAGCUCGCCCAAGCCAGAGCCGGUGGCCGUCCUGUGGAUGAAUUCAAGCGGUGCGCUAGUGACUCUCGAACCACUCCUCAUAAUUCUAGCCUUGGGUCUUCUGAGCGGGAUCCGCCCGCCAUAUGGGACCCUGAACGCGACGAGAUGCCCAGUCCCUUCCUCGCCCGGGGAAAGAAAGUUAUCCGCAACCUCCGGUGA